AGAAAUUCGCCUGCGGGAAAGUGUGACUCUGCUCUCUUCUGUAAACUGUUCUUGAUUAAUAUAUCAUUUAUCAAGUACGUAGAAGUACGCUGUUCAUCCUCUGUUCACCCGUGGUUUUGAGUUUCGCCUACCACGUAAGUUAGGCAAGAAUGACAGCAGUGAAGAUGAUAAUUCAGACCACCACGACUCGCUUCAUCGAAACAUAACUGAGGAGAUGGAGGCUAACGGCCUGGUUGAUGUGUGGGGAUCGAUUCCGAAAGCGGUAGUAGGUCGCCUCUGUUCUUCCCUGCUUUUGGUUUCAGUCACGUUUCAACAUCAUAUUUUUUCAUCUGCCCAAGAUAAAAUCACUGCUGAUGGGACGAUUCGGGCAACGCCGACAGCUCCCCGUCACCCUGUUUCGUUGGUGCAGCAGUGGUGUACUUCGGCUGAUGCGGUGCCUGUUCAUUUGGCGUGGGCCUCCCAGCAUGCGGGCAGAUUUUUCCUCGCGGACGAAAAACAAGGCGCGAUCGAACACAUGGGAGUCUUUCAAGAACGUGACAUAUGUCCACAAGAUUUGUAUAGCGACGGAGGAGGUAAUACCUGGUCCCCUGAAGACGAGAACAGUAGCACUAAAAAUGUGGCGACUUGCUGCCAGAACAGCACUGACCUGAGGCUGGCUCACGAAGAACUGGUUCACAAGUGGCAAUUUAUCAACCGUAAUUUCAACGACCGGCUCGACAGCCACGCGCAGUUUUUGGCGCAAACCGGGCAUCUAUCGGAUGAGUACUGCGCGACGCAUCUCAUCAAAAGUCGCAUCCAGUCCUUCCAAAUGACCAACAAGCUACAAGAGCAGUGGGCUGCUCUCUUGCUCGCCACGGAGAGUUUUGUCCUGUGCGCGACGUGCUUCCCCCCAAUAUCCGACAGCGCCACCGGACUCGGGCCUGCGUCUGAUAUGGGCACAAUGAAGCCGGCGAAGGAUGAAGAUCAAGACGACCCUACAUCAGGGCGCACUGGGGGCAGUUCAACUGCUGCCGAAAUAGUAGAGAAGGAGCACCACCACCACGACAACAAGUAUUCAGGUGCAGUAGGGGCGGAUCCAAAGCAGCGCAUCACUUCCGAAUCCAGCACAGAGGCACAUUUAGAUCCGCGACAUAAUCGGGAAAAGAAGCUUUUGGAGCACUGGAAACGAGCAAGCGAAGACGCGGAGGAAGUUUGGCGCCGACAAAUGAUGACAGAUGCGGUCAUUUUGGAGCAGGAUGAUCAAUGCCGGUUUGCCUAUGUCGAGGAGCUGCAGCGGGGGCGCAUUUUUGAGUCCAAGCAUCUCCUCCCUCACGUUCUGAACUACCCACAAGGCAGAACCGCUGUAGUCGAGGGGCAACACCAACAUGAGCGGGCGGCAGGCGAGGACGCGUUAAACGACACAAAGAUGGAUCGGAAAACAAGCGCCAAGGCUGACCACCACAUGCUGAACCAGGAUGAUAAUCUGGACACGAGGAAGAGAUAUCAUAGUGAUGAAGGUGAAGCUGGGGCCCACCACCAGGUGGUGGACUUGACUUAUGGGCACCUGUAUGCGAACGCUUUUAAGCCAUGGGUGGACGCCACAAUGUCGCUGAUCUUGGAGGUCGGAAACUUGUUGCUGCACCAGACGGAAACCUUGCUACUGCUGCUGUACCACCUGCAGAAGGGGGAGGGGCCAGAGCAGUCCUGGGCCCACGCCCUCCUCAUUGUGCCACCGCAGACUCGUGCGGAUCUGAAAGCGCUCUUCGUACAGCGGCAGCAGGUGCUGGACGCGGAGGUGCCUCUCUGCCGGGUUCUGCGGGACUACGACCGCGCCAUUGUGCAGGGUGUUCCUGGCGGCGACCAGAGUCUCUUAGCCUCCCUCAACCGAGCUAUGCAGAUGAGCAUCGGCUAUCAUGCAACGGCAGCAGCGGACAGAGCAGUUGCUGCAGCAGCAGCAGCUGCUGCCGUGUCAGAAGAUAACGGGAACAACGGGGACGAUGUUGUAGAUUCUGCAUCACUCCUUCUGCGUGAGCAAGAAAAUCUGGGAGCACAGAUCCAAAGCGCUAUGGGCGACGUCGGACGUGUUGUAACCUUACUCGAAAACAUUUUGCCAUGGGAGCCUCCGUGUUUCCUGCGCUGGCCCCGUCCCAUCGAGGAUAUGGAAGGAGCGUCAGGUUCGCAAUUCACUAAGUUGAAAUACUUCGGGAUGCACAAAAAUAAAACGCAGAGCACAACGGCCAGGUGCCUGUAUUGGGGAGCAGGCAAAUGAGGCCUAUGCAUGGUAAAUAGAUUGGUCGGAUUUGGGAAUAGAGCUGCGAAGGAGCAUGACAAAAGCACCUCUACUCCACGCCCAAAGUCAAAGCAGCGCGACAAAUUAUUGGAUCUCGGCUCUACUGCUACGUCGAAAAGCCGCCACGCGCCACGGCUUAGGAAUUCUUGGUGUUGAUUGUAUGCAUUGCAAAGCCAAAGAGUUUCAACUUUGUCGAAUUGACGUUUGGCGCUACCGUUAUAGAGAGCGGGACCCAAGUAGCACAAGGCGACGCGACAGGAGCCACAUCCGUGGAUAUGCCCACCGCAACAGAAAGAACUAUUACGAUAACCACAACAAGAAGUGGACACGAGACGAACAGUUUCGGGCAUCGGCAAGCUGCAGAAAGAAAAUCUUUUUUGAUGGUUGCAAUACCCGACGGUGCAGAUGAAGCUCUGGUAAGAGCGCACGCACAGGCAUGGGAGGAAUUUUUGAGUGAGUAUGUUGUUGCUGAUGGAGCUGCGGCCGAGACCGCUAUGGCCACGGAUAUCACAAGAAAAAGUGUAGACGUAGACGGUUUUUCAAUUUUUCGAAAAAAAAAUUUUUACGCGCCCUGUAGGAAUUUUGAAUGGGUGUAAAUCAAGUAGGUCAUGAUCUUAGCUUCCGUGGGACUCCAAUGUAGCUGCAUUGAAUUUAGAUAACUAGUGCGAAAGGGCGCCAGCGACGGAAGGCAAAUUGUGCAGCUUGGCCCUGUUUCGCCUCCACGUCGGUGCCGCCUCCUGGACCCGGUCGCAACGUUGAAAAACGUUGCAUGAGUAGGGGACCCGGAAAAGGCGAUCGCAUCGUGCAAACUGCCGCGUUUCCUCUGCGUCCUCCCCCUCUUCCGACUCCGCCACCGCGACCCAGACGCUCGCCACUCGGUCAAAAAGUGGCCCUGACCAACAAAAAACCCCAGAAAAACCGUCUACGUCGCAUCUAGACUGCGUGCUAUGGUCGAUUCAGGAGCUCCAAAAGGGUCGCCAGUCCCGGGGCCCCGUUUUGGAAGGGCUGAGUCGACCAUAGCAUGCAGUCUAGAUGCGACGUAGACGGUUUUUCAGGGUCUCCCCGAGACCGGCAGAAAAAAGUGCUCAUCUGGCACCAUUUUGAGCUCAAAAAAGCCACGUCUGCAAAAAACCGUCUACAUCGCCUCCAGACUGCCUGCUAUGGUCGAUUCGGCCCUUCCAAAACGGGGUCCCGGGACUGGCGACCCUUUUGGAGCCCCUGAAUCGACCAUAGCACUCAGUCUAGACGCGACGUAGACGGUUUUUCUGGGGUUUUUAGUUGGUCAGGGCCACUUUUUGACCGUCUACAUGGACCAUGCCAUGCAGUCUCGAGUCGAUGUAGACGGUUUUUGAGGUACCUUGGAAAUUUGGCCUUGGAGGCAGGCAAAAUUUCCAAUCUCCCGCGAAUUUCCGAACUCCGGUUUUUUUGUUCAAAAUGGUGAGCAGAUAAGUCGCAAAAUUUGAACAGCAGACGAAUUCCCUAGAGACAAUCAACACAGUUCGCCAGGGCUUCUGCGAGGGUUUCGCGAGCCGUGAGCAGGCGCAUCGCUUCACUGUCAAUCAGCUUCGCCUCCGCCAACUGGGUUAGCGCCUUAUUUGCGGCGGCCCAGCCCUCUCGCAGGGAAACCCUGCUGACGUUCCCGCCGGAGAAUCGCCUGACUCUCAGCCGGAAAGUUGCAGACUCCACCCAGCCGGCCUGUUUCUGGGGCGUUACAACCCCGGGCCAGGAACAUUGGUUGUCCAGACAGGUCUUCUCGAGCGGCACUUGAUGGAUCGGCAGGACGGCGCCCAGACCUUUUGCACUAGCUAGCGCAAAUGAAUUAAGCUACAAAGGAGUCCCGCAAUAGCUAGCCAUGUGAGCACGUGUUUUUAUGGCAUUCGUAAUAUCCUCUAGGGUGCUCACAAAAUUUUUUUGUUGCAUUUUCUUAAAACCGUCUACGUCUACACUUUUUCCUGUGAUAACGGACAGAGACGCUUCAGACUCGUCGGGAAGAGUCGCCGAAAAACAGCUUCCUCCGAAUAGGAAUAUGCAACUGAUUGUGGUGUCAAGGAGCAGCAACCUCGCGGCGCUAUGGCCGACAUGUCAGCACUUUCGAGGGUGUGUCUUAUUGUGGCGGCGGUUCUUCCUUUACACGCCCUGUGAGCUUAUGUCGCGGUUUGCGGAGCCAGACCAGUUUCAAACUGUAUAUCGUGUGCCAGAACUCGGACUCGAAAGUGUAGACCUACCGAAGGAACAUCCUCAGCGAAGAGCGGAAAUCGAUGCGACUAUUCAGGAUUUUCGGCAGGUGCUUGUUGAAGAGGUAUCGCGCAAUCGGUCCGCAGAUAAAAAAUCCUCACUUACACCUUUGGAGAUGCCCACGACACACUCUUGCGAUUCCUUCUCCAGUGCCGCGAUGACAGAGGUCCUGGCUAUGCGACCACCGGCCCGCGAGAUCACAGUUACACGCAGCGUCAGCAGUUCAGGGCAAAUGGGAGUUCUUGUAGAAGAAAACAAGAGGUCCGACCUGCGGAUGCAAGAGAUCAACAAAAUAUCAGGGCUGCAGGAACAGGAGGGGGUUUUGUCGUCUCACCAUCAUCCUCAGCAGGGUCAAGCUGACUACCCAUCGCUCCAAUCAUCAACCACGUGGCGACACUACAACUUGCGGCAUUGGCAGCAGGUGGAGAGCAGGGGCGACGACACGCGAGGAGAAUCGGGCGCAUUGGAAAAGGACAAUGUCCUGCUGCAAUUCAUCAAGCAAAACCAGAAAAGUGAACGAGUUCUCGUGUAUCGGUGUGCCUCCAUCGGGUUCUGUGGAGGACAUGGUGAUCGUCUUCACGGGAUAUUGGGCCUCUUUAUGCUCGCACUCGUGACGAACCGCGCGUUCUACAUCGAUUCGCCCCGUCCGCUGCCGAUUGGUCUCCUAUUAGAGCCAACGGGUCUAGUGGACUGGCGCCUCCGUGGGUCGGUCGGCCUUCCCGGCCUGCACGCCAAUCGUAAUGACAAACUCGAGGAAGCCAUUGCGGACGUUCGCGACUCCCCCGAGAAGCACUGGGUUCUGCACAGCAACCAGCGCAUUACCAUGCCCUGUCUGCAGUCGGACUUGGCCCGAAAAAACCUGCCGUCGAAAGUGCGCGAGAUUCUGCUCAGCACUCCCUUCCUGCACGCACAUCUCUUUGAGGUUCUAUUCCAGCCAACAAAUUUGCUCUCAAACCGCAUCGCCAUCUGGUUCAACUACGUCCGAGACGGCCCAAUUUACACGAAAUCUAGAAGUAGCACCAGCCCCGAAAAUCAACAUCUGAGUCCUGGCGUCGCACAGCUCAAACUGCCCAGAGCUGACAAUGUUGAAGUAUCUCUAGAGAAGUCUGGUGCGGUAUCAGCUUCCGAGUUGCCGAACAACAACAGCACGGAGAAAGGCAUUUUUACCAGCAACAUAACAAAAACAGUUUCAGCAUCUUCAUCUUCUUCGUCUCACAGCGCCGAGCGUGUUGAUUACUACCAGCAUCAGGUGCACAGCUUGAUCGGGAUACAUUUUCGCGCGGGCAAUGCGUCUUCGGACCGGUGGCGCGACCCGCAGCGCCACCAACGCGAAGAACUUGCGGAAUUUCUGGCUUGCGCAUCGCAGGUCGAGAGCGAUCUGCGCUUGGACCCGCGGACUACGCGUUUCUUUCUGGCUGCGGACGCAGAGACAGAAGACUGGCCGGAACUCGCUGACUGGUACGAAAGUGGCAAACUGAUCGGCCCAAGCUUUCACGACCCCGUGACACGGCAAAGAUUCAGCAACGCAGUCGUACAUUUGGACCGAAGCUCGCUCGCUCUGCUGGCGGUGGGUAUGGCAGAGGUGUGGGCGCAGUGGUAUGCCCUAGGGUUUUUCACGGAGGCACUUGUCCUUUCUGCUUCUGGAUUUGGUGCGACCGCAGCGGAAAUCGGGCGGCAGACGCACACAUGGUUUGGAAAAGGCUGCAUUCGUGCGGACAUGAGCGCGACUUAGCCCCUUGAUUUUGAUUAUUAAUUUCUGGAUAUGAUAAUGAUAGAAGUGAUACAUCAAAUCCAAAGGGGUGGACGACAAACUGCUGGCACAUUGGAAUUGCAACUGGAUCAUCAAUCUGAGACUGUCGUUAUUAGUGAAGCUGCAGGCGCUGUGCAGACAUAGAUGAAACCUCCCAAACUGACAGCGACGAAGAAAUGAAGUUGCAAAAAUCGUCGU